CUUUCUCCGCCAAGACCCCCGAGACCCCGUGAAGUGAUGAACAACACCACCCACAUAUUCUGGGUUGCCUUCGACCAACACGCUUGUUAUUUCCUCACGCACGUAUCCCAAGAACUACAGUCGAGUUGUAGUUCUCAUCAAAAGAAAACAUUUGACUCCUUUGUAGGCAACACAACUAUCGUAGUUGGUCUCAUCAUGGUUUCGAACCAAGAACAGGCAGGCAGUGCUUCCCUCGCUGCUGCAACUCGGGUCACAAAGCUAGACUCGCACACCUACAGAGUCGAGCUCGAUGAGGCCUUUUGUAUUGGCAACGUCCCCAAUGGUGGAUAUGCUUCGUCAUGUAUGCUCGCGGCCGCGAGCGAGCACCUCUCGUCGCGCGACCAGCGCGACACGCUAACCGCCCACUUUGAGUAUCCAAGCCGCACCAGCCCCGGGCCCGCGAUCGUCAAGAUCGAGGACGUCAAGAUCAGCGGCCAGCUGUCCACGCUGCACCUCGCGCUCUGGCAGGGCGGGCUCGUCCCGCACGCCCCGUGGACGACGGCCGCCUCGCGACGCGCCAUCCUCGCCUACACGACGCAUACUAACCUGGCCGCGUUCACGGGGAUCUCGCUGCCGACGGGCUUUGAGGGCACCGCGGCCGCGGAGAACCCUCCCCUGCCUGAUUUCGAGGCCCUGAAGAGCCGCGGCGUGGAUGACACGUGGGAGGAGUCGAGACCGCCCAGGGCCGCGCUGAGUGUUGCGCGCUCGCUGCAGAACUGGAAUUUCUACGUGCCCCGUCAAGGACCGCUGGCCCCCGGCGUGUUGGAUAUGUGGACACGCCUGUCGAGUGGAGAGCGUAUCACGCAAGGUGCGCUGCCGUACGUCGUGGAUUCGUUCCCGUAUAACCUUCACGAAUUCUUAGCGGCGCCCGAGCUGCGCGAGCUGCUUCAAGCAGGCCGGAAGGGUGAGGCGGCCGGUGAUAGCCCCGAGGGAAAAGAUAUCAAGGCCAAGGACGAGCAGCGCGCUGGCAUGUGGUUCCCCACGGUGGUUAUGAAUCUCGAGAUGAAGACGGCUCUGCCUGAGGACGGAGUAGAGUGGUUGGCUGUGCGUGUGACAUCGAAACAGAUUAAGGAGGGGAAGUUCGACCUCGACAUCUCGGUGAGGGAUGUCCAUGGUGAGCUACUGGUACUAAGUCAUCAUGUCGCGAUGAUUUUAAGCAUUGAGAGAAACACGAGGAAGUCACGGUCUUCAUUGUAGUUUGCAACGGGCUAGAUGCCAAUGGUCAUACAAGGCUAUGAGGCCACCGUGAAAGAAUUC